AAUAAUAAUCAAACAAUUGUCAAAAAUUUUUUUUUAAAUUUUUGUUCCAUUUUAAUAAAAUUUUAAUUAAAAUUAUCAAUAAGUUGCGAAUAUACUUGCUAGAGUGUAGAAUAUUAUAAUUUAUAAUUUUUGAGCACACAGGCUAUAAAAGUAUACAUUUAUAUUUAAUUUUUAAACAACAUAAACGAUUUUUUCGUUGUUUAAAUUAUUAAAAUCAAAAAUUAUGGAGGAAAUAAUGGAAAUCGUGAAAGUUGAAAAUGCAGUAUUAAUGAGAGAUGCAACUCAAUUAGAAAAAUUAUUUGUUUCAGAUAUACAAGAAACUAUUAUAAUGUCUACUGAACAAAAAGAAUCCACUGACAUGAAAGUUAUUACUCAUGAUGGUCAAAUUAUACAAAUUAUAACAGAUUAUGAAUGUGUUACGUGUCAUCAUGUUUUUCAUUCGGAAGAUAUGUUAAAAGAACAUUUAAAUGUAUGCAAUGAAGAUGCUAAUAUUUUGCAAUUAAAUACUCUUGAGAAUUAUGAUUCAGAAGAUGAAAAGAAAUAUGAUAAUGUAAAUUAUGUUGAUAAUUCUAAUGUAAAAGAUUCUAAUUCUAAUAAUCAAAAAAGUAACAAUUAUAAGCCAGUAAUUACGCCAGUACGUGACACACAAUGCCAUUGCUGUGCUGAAGAUUUGAGCACUGCACACAGUGGUGGUGAAUUUAUCUGUCAGCAUUGUGAUCUUUCAUUUAAAGAAAAAUCAUCUUUAGAAAGACACAAUGUAGUAAUCCAUUGGCAGUGUGAGUCUUGUACUUGUAAAGAUUGUGGACAAUCAUUUUGUGAUAGGAAAUCAUUGAAUAGACAUCGUUAUACCAAUCAUGCAGAUCGAAAAAUUUUCAGAUGUGAACCAUGUGAUACUUAUUUUUCACGAAGCUAUCAUUUAAAUCGCCAUAUAAUGCAAUCAGGAUGUCAUGGAAAUAUUCGUAAUACAUUCUGCUGUCAAAUUUGUAAAAAGAUAUUUACACGUAAGGAUAAUUUACGUGAACAUUUACGAAUUCAUGCUGGAACUCCUCAAAGACAAAAAAAGCCUUGUAAAUAUUGUUCUAAGGAAUUCUUUACUAAUCAACAAUUAUUAAUUCACGAACGUGUACACACAGGAGAACGACCAGUUCAAUGUGAUUUAUGUCCAAAGACUUUCUUAUCUUCUCUUGCAUUAAAAAAACAUAGACGUAUACAUACAGGAGAAAAACCAUUUGAAUGUAAAUAUUGUCAAAAAAAAUUUACUGCUCGAGAAACUUUAAAUCGUCAUCAAAGGACUCAUACUGGCGAGAAACCUCAUGUUUGUCAAUAUUGUGCUAAAUCAUUUAUUCAGGCCGCUCAAUUGAGAGCACAUGUAUUUCAUCAUACUGGUGAAAAUGGUUUUUAUUGCGAUGUAUGUGGAAAAGCAUUUAACAGAAAAGCUCGUUUAAAUGUUCACAAAAAAUUCGUUCAUGAAGGAGCAACUCCAUUCACAUGUCAAGUAUGUGAAAAAAGAUUUAUUAGGAGAGAAGAUCUUGUUAAACACGCAAUACUUCAUACAGGAAUUAAAGCAUUUAAAUGUGAUAAAUGUACAAAAGCUUUUUCUACGAAGUCUUCUUUGCAAGCUCAUCUAAAUACUCAUAGACGAGAACCACCACAAUCUUGUGUUGAGUGUAAUAGAGUUUUCAUACGACAAGAUUGUUUAAUGAGGCACAUUAAAGCAAAACAUCGUGACUUGUUAGAAGAUGUAAUGAAUGAAGUUGAAAGAAAACAUUUACAAAUACAAUUAUAUAACAUUGCUACUGUUGCUGUACAAAAAACAAAAAAUGGAAAUUCUACAAGACUUUCUCCUGAUAAAUUGGUAGAAGCUGUUACAGAUCUUUUAAAAAUAUUAAUUGAUGAAGACACACUUCAGCUCUUUGGUUGGCCUGAGGCUCCAAUUCAAGAUAUUCUAGAAGCUGUAAUUAGAAGAUGUGGACAUCAACCAUUAACAUCAGAAAGUAAUUUACUUUUUAAUGAAAGAUUAAGAGAAAACAUAAAACGUUUAUUUAUGGUUGUCAUAGAAGAUAAUACGGUAAAAUGUCUUUUAACAACAAGUACAAUAGAUGAUAUUAUUAUACAUGUAUUACAACUUUCAAAGGAAAGUACUGCAAAUUCAUAGUUGUGAAAAAGA